AGGCACUUUUUAUUAUUCAAACUGAAAAAAUAUUAUUGCAUAUAUUUUAUUUUACACUUUACAGGUGUGAUAGAAAAUGGCACAAGAAGAUGGCUUUUAUGAUCCUUAUAUGUUUGAAUAUAAAGGAGUAUAUUUUAACUGUGACUUGACAACAGUGGAAUACAUUGAUUCUUUGGAGCAUUUUGCAAUUAGAGACAGUGAUGUUUUUUUGGUUACCUACCCAAAAUCAGGAACAGUUUGGACACAGCAAAUUCUAAGUCUAAUUUUCAAUGAAGGUCAUCGGAACGGCACAGAGGCAAUUAAUAACAUAACUAGAGUCCCAUGGCUAGAAUAUAAUAUAUAUAACAUGGAUUAUGACAACCGUCCAUCUCCUCGCCUUUUUUCCUCCCACAUGCCUUAUUACCUAAUGCCAAAAGAUCUGAGGAACCGGAGGGGUAAAGUUAUCUAUGUAUACAGGAAUCCAAAAGAUGGUUUGGUGUCAUUUUAUCAUUUCUAUAAACUGAUGGUGAAAGCAACAAACUCAAAGAGUUGGGAGGAAUUUUUUGAACGCUUUCUAGCAGGCAAAGUGUUUGGUGGUUCGUGGUUCGAUCAUGUUAGAGGCUGGCACACCCACAAGGAUGAUUUUAAUAUUCUUUUUAUGACUUAUGAAGAAAUGAAAAAGGAUCUGCGAUCUGCUGUACUUAAAAUUUCUGCAUUUGUCGAAAAAGAACUUGACGAUGAAGACGUGAACACCAUUGUGGAAAAAGCAACAUUUGAGAACAUGAAGCAUGACCCACUAGCAAACUAUACAUUUCUUGGAGAAGACCUUUUAGGCAAAAGCGAAGGAGGGUUUCUCCGUAAAGGAACUGUUGGGGACUGGAAAAAUCUGAUGACAGUGGCACAAAAUGAAAGGUUUGAUCAGUUUUACAAGGAUAAAAUGAAAGAUUUGCCAAUCAAAUUAAUCUGGCAUAUUGACUGAAAAGAAGAUUGAAUAAUACAUCGUGAUACCUGUUUUACUGGAUACAACUGAUAUAAAUAUGAAUUAAUGUUUAGAUAAUUUGAAAACAUUUUUGUCUAUAAAAUGUAUUAAUUUGCAAUGUAUUAAACAGGUUCUAAGUGAGACACCUUCUAGCUGUCCUUUGAUUGUUUAAUACUUCUAAUUUUUAAUGUCUCAGUGGCACCUUAUGCAGAGCUGGUCUUAGUCUGGGGCACCUUAACCAGGGGGGACGCUUGC